UUACCGAUCGAUAAAUAUUUGCUUUGAUUUCAAGUUCAACUUCUUCCUUUUCGUUUAACCUAACAACACAUGCAGCUCUGAUUCAAGCACGCGCCGGUUCAUCUUCCAGAGCGAGUUUCUUCUUCACCGUCCUCCUCUUCUACCGUGAUUCUUCAGGUUUGUCAUUGUUUCGUACUCACAUUCAGUUCCAAUGACUAAGAGAUUUAAGAAAUCAGACUCAAAUAGGAGAGGAAAAAGAAGAAAGUCAUCCGGUGGUUUUUCGCCGUUGGAUGCACCUUCUUCCAGUGUUGUAUUCCGUUUGCUAUGUCCUGCUACUAGAAUUGGUGGUGUUAUUGGUAAAGGCGGUUCCAUUAUUUCACAAAUUCGCCAAGAAACUGGCGUGAAAGUUAAGAUUGAAGAGCCUGUCCCGGGAUGUGAUGAAAGAGUUAUAACUUUUUUAUGUUUGGAUAAAGAGAAUGAAGAAGGUAGCGCCGAGCAAGGAAAGGAGGUUAAUAAUAAUAAUAAUAAUAAUAAUAAUAAUAAUAAUAAUAAUAAUAAUAAUAAUAACAAUAAUGAUGAUAAUAACAAUAAUGAUGAUAAUAAUGAUGAUGGUGAGAGUGAAAACAAGGGGAAGGAUGAUGAAGGGAAAGAUAAUGGGGAUGAUAAUGAAGAUAAAGAUUCGGUUUCUGUUGAAGAUUCGCAGAGCGAGAAGGGGAGUUCUAAUUUGUCUAUUCUGAAGGCUGUGACACUGGUUUUUGAGAGGAUGGCUCAAGGAGUAGAGAAUAAUGGUGAAGGUGGUGAUGAAAAUAAAAAAGCUUCGUAUUUUUCUUUAAGGCUACUUGUGCUUUGUAAUCAAGUUGGAUGCAUUUUGGGAAAGGGUGGAAGUGUGAUAAAGAGAAUGGCAGCUGAUAGCGGGGCGCAAAUUCGGAUCCUUUCCAAAGAAGAAAUUCCCUCGUGUGCGACGGAUUCUGAUGAGCUAGUUCAGAUCACAGGAGGAGUAGAAGUUGUCAAGAAAGCUCUUCAAUCCGUUUUUCAGCAGAUUUUGGAUAAUCCAUCUCGUGAUCAUGAAUCGCUCUCCACCAACCUUACUGGGCCGUCAUCUCAUUCCUUUGGUCAAUUCCAACAAAAUAAACGAACUUUUGCUGGUCAAGGAGCAUCCUUUGCUACUGGGGCUAAUGAAAUUCCUGUUUUCCAUUCUGCUCCAAUGAUUCCCAAAUUUCAUGAAGGCCCCAUCCGUGGUCGCUCGAGGCUUCCACCGGAAAUACUUACUUUCCGUUUAUUGUGUCCUUCCGAAAAUGUUGGAAACAUAAUUGGCAAAGGUGGAUCAAUAAUUAAGACCAUGCAACAAGAAACAGCUAGUGAAAUCAAGGUUAUAGAAGGAAACCCAGGUUCAGAGGAUUGCGUUAUCGUCAUAUCUGGUCCAGCGCACCCAGAUGAUAGAAUAUCUCCUGUGCAAGAGGCCAUAUUUCGUGUGCAAAAUAGAAUAUCCAGGGCUUUUCCUGAUACCAAAGCGCAAAGUAUGUUAUCAAGGAUUGUUGUUUCUUCCAAUCAUAUAGGCUGUCUCCUUGGGAAGGGUGGUUCCAUUAUUGCUGAAAUGAGGAAUUUAUCAGGUGCCCAUAUUCGUAUGUUGGGAAAGGAUAAGGGUCCAAAGUGUGUUUCAGAAGAUGAUGAAGUAAUCCAGGUAAAUGGAGAAAUCGAGGCAGUGCAUGAUGCUCUUUUGCAAAUAACAAUGAGAUUAAGAAAUCAUUUCUUUCGAGAAGCAUUUCCGUCUGCUGAUUUUCCUUCAAAUUCAGGAUUUCUUGAUCAACAGUCUUCGUUCCCACCUUAUUUGGGAAGGCGGGGACUUUCACCUCCCAGAAUGUAUUCUGACCUAGGUCCACCACCUCUGCAUGCUGGUUUUCCCCUCGAUGAUCACCCUCAUUUUAUGAAUAACAUACAUAGACCAGGCAUUCCUCCUCACAUAUCUGAAAGGAAGCCUUGGGGUCCUAAGGGGUUACUUGAAGGUGGUGGACGCAUGGGCUUGCCAGAAUUUGCAGGGGGUCCUCGAAGAAUUUCUGGAUUUGCAGGAGGAAGCCUACCAAUUAUCACUAGUACCACCGUUGAAGUUGUUGUUCCCCGAGCUCUGGUGCCUGUAAUAUACGGGGAAGAUGGUGAAUGCCUGAAACAAAUACUCCAGAUAUCUGAUGCAAAUGUUACUAUUACUGAUCCAAAACCUGGAGCCGCGGAAACUAAAAUUAUAAUAUCUGGAACCCCGGAGCAAACUAAUGCUGCUCAAAGUCUUAUUCAGGCAUUUGUCAUGAUUGAGGGGGAGUCUGGUUGAUCUAUCCAAUUGGGUAAUACACUGAAUCAUUUUGUUUUUUAAGUCUGGCAGAUGUAAUUAAGCUCAGUUUUUGGCAUAAUAUUAUUUCUCCGGAUUUUAAUCUUCAGUAGGAAUGUGCAAUUAGUUUGACCUAUUUGAACUUGUAUAAUAUUAUCCUAUAAAAUUAUGACUAUGCUCCAGCUUUCUUUUUA